AUGGAAGUCAAGGAGGAUGCUGUUGCGUCGGCUCCUUGCUGCUCCACUCAUAUUCUUCCUAUACCGCAGGCAAUAUUUCAGUUUCCUUUUUUUAAAGGGUUUUUUUUUCAGACAGAGUCUUUUGCUCUGCCUGCAAGUCUUCCGUCAUUGCCAUUUGUACUGACAGUCGACACAAAGGUUUCUUUUGUUUUAUUAAUUGUUUUUUAAUCGUCUAAUUUUAUCAGGCAGCUCCGGAUGCUCAACAGCCUGCUCAAUUGAGCAGUAGCAACUUCUGUCUUCAGUGUGGCCGGCUCACACAUAUUGAUGACGAUGAUGACAAUGAUCCGGUGCCACCGGGAGAAGUUCCACAGAGAAAAAAGUUCAAGAAAGAUGAGCCCAUCGUCAGCAAAAAACAGUUUGUUUUUAUUUCGAAAAAAAUUCAUUGUCGUUAUCUUUAAACAAAAAAGAGGAUUAUCAUUCUAGCUUUCUGAAAAUGGCUUCUUCUGAAUUAUAUGAAUUUUUUUCAGACAACGAACGUCGCCACUGAAGUGGAUUCAAUGUGACGGAUGUAAUAAAUGGCUUCAUUUGAAGUAUAUUCUGAUCAAGUUUACAUUCAUUCAACUGCUUUACUUUCAGGUGUGCCGGCCUUGAAGAAUUUGAAUCGGAUAUUUUCGAUCAAUUCCACUGUACAAAAUGUGCGGCGGUGAAUGGACCUAGUAUUCGUGAGUUCUUCACUUUUUUUGGGGCCUAAUUUCUCUUUUCAGUUCACCGAAAGCUGGCACCUCAUAGAUAUCGAUACUAUGCCCCAGAUGAGGUUGAUUUGCCAACAGAAAUGGGAACGGAAGUUUGGUGCGAGAAGUUCAAAAGAGUCGAAUCGACGUUGUUCUCCCCACCGUUAGUUUUAAAGCCAUCUUUGGCAUUGAUAAACGAAAAAAAAAACAUUGAAAAUUCUGAUUUUUUCCAGAACUGAAGAUGAAGUCACGAUAUACAAGAAUGGAGCCGAGUUUUCGAACGAUUUUUCCCGAGACACUGAGUGGAGAAAAAUUUUUCUCAUCAAAAACAAGGGCGGCCUGGAUAUGAAUAUGCCGGAGCCGGGAGCCUUUACUGUUGAGUCGAUUGUCGAGAUCAUGGGUUUCGAGAAAUUUAAAAUUUCUUUGGACUUGAUAGUAUUUUAGGGGAGAACUAUGAAGUCGACACGAUCGAUGUCUACCGUCAGGAGACUUACUCGAUGAAAUUGGGGAGUUUUCUGAAGAAAAUCCGGGAUUCGGCCCCUCGCGAGAAGCUCUACAACUUUCUUUCGUUGGAGUUUUCCGACAGUGAUCAGUGAGUUUUUUUCAAUUAAAGCCAAAGUUGUUUCACAUGGCGAUGUUCAAUUUUUAUGCUCAAAUUUAAUGAGUGAAAAUAUUUUUUUCGGUAAGAAUGUUUUAAUGAUUUUUGGAACCUUGCCUGACGUACUAGCCUGCCCGGUUGUUUUAGGCCUUUUGAGUCUCAGUUGUGCUUAAUAGGGGGAACAACAAGUGAAAGAAAAAAAAGGUUACCCAGCCGUGCUUAUUUCGAAAUUCUGUGACCGAACUGUGCGGAGUCUAAGCUGGCGUAAAAAUUGCCAAAAGUUCCACCAGCUGUGCUUCUACGGGUUUAAUAGGGGUACGGGUACACCUGUUAAGAACCCGAGCUAGCACGGCUGGGCUACCCAUUUCAUCUUGAGAGGAAAUGGAUAUGUUUUUGAUACAAUUUUCCCGAUUUCAGGAUGGGCGAACUGGUGUCUCCGCCGUACUUUGUCAGCGAGAUCUCUUUCGUCCACCGAUUAUGGCCGGAUCGGAAUUCGCCGGCUGUGAGGACCGGUCAGAUGCAUGACGUCAACUCCUUCCGAGUCCUUGACGAACAUCUUCCUAUGAAACCUAAAGUUUGGCUUUUUUUGUUUCUGAAAAUCGAGUUGCAAAAAGAAGCCUGUAAAAAUGGCACUUUUUCUAUAGAAAAACGGAAAUUCUUAUUUAAAAUAUUGUUCAGAAAAUAAUAGAAGUUAUCGGGAAAGAUCUUUUUUUGAGCCGCGAUUCAUUUUUGCAGCUCGCUUUCCAUAUACGAACUUUUCUUUUCUGUUAUCGUAUACACUAGUUUUUUUUUAGGUUGCCGAGUUUUGCCUCGUUGGAAUGGGCGGCUCAUACACGGAUUUCCAUAUCGAUUUUGGAGGGUCUUCUGUUUGGUACCAUAUUUAUAAGGUUCUGAAAAUUUGACUUUCACUUUUCAUUAUGUGUUUUUUUACAGGGAAGGAAAAUCUUCUACGUCGCGGCGCCGACCAAGGAGAAUUUGAAGGCCUACGAAAUGUUCCAAUCGGAAAAAUCGACGACCGCGUGGUUCGGAGAUUCGUUACCGCCAGGGACCAUCAAAAGGGUGAUUUUUCCGUUUCUUUUCGUUUUUUCUUUUAUGAUUUUCUUAAUUUUUUUAAAAUGAUUUUUGCGUUUUUUGAAGAAGGAAGGUUAUAUUAUUGACCGAAUUAAAUGUUUUUUGUUAAAAACGUAAAGAAAAAAUACAUAUUCCUUAGGAACUCCAGACUGUCAAGACUGUUCUUCCCCGACCCCUCUAGGGACCACUUUAAAAAUUCCGGAGUUUGUGCGAGAAUUUUCAUUAAAUCUGUAUCAAGCCAACGGUAAACAGACUAAUGAGUUCAGGAAUCCUAGAAUGCCCCCUGAGUGGUCCUUGAAGGUUUUUAUCUAGGGACCACUUAAACAACCUCUUAGGGUCACUAGAGCUUGCAAAAGUGCCCCCUAAGGGUUCUACUUAGUAGCCACUAGAGGGGAUAUUCCAGUCGAUUAAUGUUAUCACUUCUAUGAGAAAGGGCCACGAAAAAAAACUCAGUAAUUUAGCGUUUUUAAAUGAACCAUUAGCUCCUCUAACCCCUAUAGGGACCACUCUAAGAAGGUCUCUAGACUUCGUAUUGACAUCACAAAAAAAUAAUUAAAAAAGGUAGAAUAUCGCACUUUUUAAAGGUAGUUAUCGAUGAAGGAGAGACUUUGAUGAUCCCUGCGGGUUGGAUUCACGCCGUCUACACUCCAGUCGAUUCUAUCGUUUUCGGAGGGAAUUAUCUUCACAGUUAUAAUAUCGAAAUGCAGCUCAAGUUUGUCCUGAGACCAGUUUUCAUUCGAAUAUUUUCAUAUUUCAGAAUUUAUGAGCUCGAGAAUCGAAUCCGGUCCCGUGUUUCAACAGACGAGAAGUUUUUCUUCCCGUCCUUUGAGCUGGUCAAUUGGUACGCCGUCAGCAACUUCCUCGUCGAACCUUUGAGAGGUGAGAAUUUUUUGACCGUUUUAUUUUAUUUUAUUUUCAAGUGUUUAUUUUUUCAAAGAAAGUUGUAAUAGGAUUAGUUGAAACUCGAAAAAAACAUCAGAAAAGGUGGUUUUUCAGAAUACAAUGACGAGGGAAGCGCUGUGGAUCAGUUGACUUGGAAAUCGGCCCAAUGCUUUCUGCCAGUCCUCCAAAAAUGGAUCGAACGUGACAGAGUUGGAAUCCCCCGCCUAAUUUUACCCGAAAUUCCCGUUUCCAGGCAAAAUCUGAAGCUAGAGGAGGCGAAAAAGUCGGCUACACGGAAAUAUUCACCAAGUUCUUGAAGGAGUUCCGUCGUCAGGAGGUUUUUUUGGAUGAUAAUUGAAAUUCGAACGCUUUUCAUUCAGAAAAUCCGAGUCGAAACGUUGUCGCCGAAGAAAAAGUACAAGAAGAGGCGUUCUGAUGGAACUGGUAGGAGUUUUUUUGGUAUAAUAAUCUUUUUUUCUUUUUCUCAGAAGGUGGAUUGUCGCCGACGAAGACGCCGAAAGCGGCGGAGAUUUGUUGGUUUUUUUGUCUUGAAAAAGAAAAAAAAUGAAAGAAUGGCCAGAAUGAAUUUUUUGAAAACAAAAGAAGUGGAAAAUGGAACAUGAAAAAAAAAAACUGCUAGAUUUAUCUAUUUUUUUGCUUAUUAUAUCGAUUUUUUUGAUUUUUCUUAGCUUCCAAAGGUUUCCAUUUUUUUCCAUAGAAUGAAUUAUCUUUGUUUUCUAUUGAUAUUGAUUUUUCCAGAUUACGAAGCUACACCGAAAGAGGAAGAGAAGUCCCCGUUUUUUUGAAUGAAGUGGAGAAAAAAAGAGGAACCCUCUGAGGUAAAUCGACAAAAUGGCUCUGAGGAUGUUCCAAGGUAUUUUUUUCCUCCAAAAAAAAUGUUUAGAAUGUAGGUUUUCUAAGUUCCUGUUUGAGAAACCAAAAAGUUUUUAAAUUAUAUGCUUGAUAAUACUAGAAAAAAAUGAUAGUUUUUGAAAAAGCUUGAAGGAAAAUUCAAAAAUUAAAAGAAAAAGAUGUAGUCAAUACACAUGAAUGAAUGAAAAAAAUAAAUAAAAAUAAAGACGCUUUGUUUUUUUGUUGUGCCCAGGUGGCCAGUGAAGAAGUUGUAGUAGAAGAUUUUUUUUUUAUUGGAAGAAUUCGAUUUUAGUAAGCAGAAACUAGACCGUUAAAAAUAAUGGCGUUUUCAUCAGGCAAAACGAAAAUUGUUCCGAAACGCAAGAAAAAUGCUCCAAAGCAAAAUUUUGUACAAUCAGCUUUUUGGAAAGCAAAGUUUGUUCAGAAUUUCCAUGGGCAUGAUUACUCUGCCGAAAAUCUCUCUUCGUCUUCCCCGACCACCGUCUCCGGAUAAACACAGCGCCACGCAAAUGUUCUCCAAUUCCAGGAGUAGGUCCGGCAGGAAAAUCCAGGUUUAGUUUUUUUAUUCAAGAUUAUAAUCAUCAAUUAUUUCACGGCGAAAUGGAACGAAACGUUUGAUUUUUUUCAGGUUUCUGCAGCUAUGAAGCUCGCCACCGGCGAUUCCAUCGUUCAAACCGAUGUGAAAGAAGGUAGGAAAUCGAAAUUAACAAAGGAAAAUAAAAAUCUGUUUUUAGAAGAAAGAAACGACUCGAUGUCACCUUUGUCGUUCCAACAAGCCGACCGCAUGCUCAUGAAGGCCGAGGAAAAAGCCGCGGAAAUUAUUCCGAAAAAAACGCGGCCGGCCUCCCAAACCUCCCACCGAUAAACGUUAGUUCUUAAUGCAGUUUUCGAAAACCUAACCAUCUCUUUGUUUUUUCUACCUCUUUAUUUUCGAGUUUGAAAAUCUUACCCUUUUUUUUCCAUUAAGUUUUUAAAUAGACGCUUUUGAGAGUACAUGGAUUUUCAAUAAGUUUACAAUCAAAGUUUAAAAUUGGUUUUUUGUCCCACCUGUUCCUAAAAGUCCAAUGAGCCGUAAAAAACCGGGCUUUUGAAGGGAAAACAUUCACUUUUAUAUGUUUUUAUGAGGUAUCAAACGGUCCACUUCAAAAAUCACAGAUUCGAGUAUUUUUGAAGAAAAACGCGAUUUUAUUCUCACACCUUUUAAUUUUGAAAUACGCUUGGGAUCGGUGUACAGAAAGUUUUUCACAGGAACGAAUCGAAAAAAAAAUUCCCACUGGAAAAAAGAUGAAAAGACGGUUUUAAAGAGGUACAACGAAUCCUUAUUUUUUCUUUCCGCGUUUUAAAUAUCCUUGAAAAAAUUUUGUAGGUUUGAAUAUGUUUAAAACUCAAACUUUUCAGCCAAAAAUGCGCCCCCGCCUCCGAAAAAGACAAAAGCAGUUACUGCCAAGCAACGCCUCGCCAAAUGCUUGAAACUCAAGUGA